AUGAUAGAACCUCUCGAUCCCUACAUCUUGGUCAAAGAAAAGCUCAAGCCCCCUUCUCACCUCCUCCUCAUCGCGCCCGCCCAAUUCUCCCAAGCAAUCCAAGAAGUGCUCCUGACCGCAAGCAAAAGCUUCUCCCAAUUCCGGCGUCUACAACGCAUCUUCGCCGACCGCUAUUUCUAUACCUGCUCCAAACGAAACCCCAAACACUUCAGAGAACAUACGGACUCUAUCGCCCGCCUCAGCCAGUGGAAAGCCCAAUAUCCCAGCACCCACGACCCGAACUUACUCCCCACAGCAAAGCUACCCCGCCACGCAGUCAACCUGCAUCUGGACCGGGACACGUAUGAGAAAUUCGUCGCCGCCUUCGAGCAAAUGAAGCAUGAGUUUCUGAUUGGGCCGUAUCUGGCUUGGUGCAAUGCGAAGAGGGCCUUGGACCAUUUGAUGGCAAGUGCGUUUACGUUGCUGCCGCGGCCGGAGGAGCUGAUGAUCCAAAGCUGGUGGGACGAGUUUGUGUGGGAGAUGGCGCCGUGGGAGGAGAUGUUGGAGAAGCUCCGGUUGCCGUCGUGGAAGACUAUACUGGAGGAUAUGGAGAGGGUUGUUGGGGUAGCGGUGGAUUUGGAGGGAGAGUGGGAACGGCGUCUUUCCUGA